CUACAGCUUGCAGAAUUGGAAAAUUUCUCGGACUUGCGUGGCAAUGGUGGACGCUACAAAGGUCCCCCUCGCAGACGGGCAACCCAGUAACAAGCAGUGGGAGCAGAUCAAGGAGAAGCUCAAAACAGCAUGGCAUCGGAAGGAAUCUGCUACCUUUGACAAGGCUGCGUUCGUCUCAGCGGCAUCGGAGGCUGGCAUCAGCGAUAGCUCCAUGGUUGCAGAGAUGAUCCUGUAUGCAGGCUACGCGAGCCAGCUGCCAGUGAAGCGUUCAGGGCAGAGCGCGUUCUCCUGGGUCCCUCUGGUGGCAGUGGCAGCAGCUGCUCAAGGCCAGGCGUCCUCUGAGAAGCGUGCUGAGGCCCUCACCCUCAUCAUCCAGACCCUGGUGUCAGUAGGCAAAGAGGCAGAGGCAGAUGAGAUGCUGGAUGGGAAGGGCAGCGCGCCAGCAGACCUCGUGACUGCUGCUGAGGAUAUUGAUGGGAUCAUGUUGAGCAUGCGCAAGGCAUCGCGACUGGGACUGGCGGGGGCGUCAUUCGGGCGUCCCAAGAGCCUGAAGCAGUCCAUAGCAGCCCUGUCAACUGCAAUCACAUCCCUGCAGGAGCUACCGGCAGAUCAGCGCACAGACACAGCAGCGGUGCAGAAGGCCUUCAAGCGCCUGGUGACAGAGGUGGAAGCUGCCAAGCAGCUGCGUGAUCGUGCGGUGGAUGCCCUGACAGGCACGGAGCCAAAGGAUAACCUUACCCCAGCGCACCAGGCUGUCUCCAAGGCAAUCUUUGCACACCAAGGCCCGGCGCUGGAGAGGGAGCUGACAGACCUGAGGAGCGCUGUGGACGAUGCGGAAGGAGCCUUGGAAACUGCCAAGCCGGCACUGAAAGACGCUGGACUGGAUGCGGAUAGCAUUGCAGAGGAGGCGGAUCAGGAGCGGAAAGAGCGGCUGGCAUCGCGACUGGAGCGGCCCAAGGGCACUGAGCGCAGGCGUCGCAGCGGGCGCCGCCGCCGCGGCCGGGGACAUGCAGCGGAGGGCAGCAGCGCUGAGGAUGAGAGCGCGGAUGACACAGAUGGGGAAGAGGCGGCACCGGCCGACGGGCAGCAGCACGCCGGUGAGAACGGCCGUAACGGACCGACCCGCCAGCGCCGCGGUGGAAGGACCCGUGGCGGGGAACGCCGUCGUGCAGGCGGCGGCAGCGGCCGCGACUUCACGGCGCCGCGCGAUGCCGCGUCCGAAGACGAUGAAGAGGAUGGUGUGGAUGGGGGACGCGCCGGAGGGGCCUCCCCCUCGGGCCGCAGUACCGCAGCUGCGCCCCCAGGCUUUGGGGAUGGUGACCAGGUCGAGGGGCAGCGCCGGCGCAGGGGAGGCCGGGGGCCGCGCGAGAAAGCAGCGGGAGCGAAUGAUGAUGCGCCCGGACUCGAUCAGGGUGGCACCGAGCAGGCUGAUGGCGCGGAGGGCGGCAAGAGGGCGACGGGCCGCCGCCGCGGCGGCCGCAAUCGCAGGCCGCGUGCCGGGCAGGACGGCGAGGGCGCAGCAGGCGGCGUGCAGACCUUUGAUAACCCCACCUUCGCCGACGGGGACGGCAGCGAGCCAGCUGCUGCAGUUGAGGCGGAUGGGCGCGGUGAGGCAGGGCGGAGGAGCGGCCGCAAGAGGCCGAACCUGAAGGACGUGGCACGCAUCCUGGAGGCCAUCAAGCGCGAUCUCUGCGACCCCAUCACCAAGGCACCGCUGCGUGACCCGGUGGCGGCGGCGGACGGCUUCACGUACGAGCGCGCGUCCAUCGAGGAGCACCUGCGCGCGGACCAAACAUCCCCCGUAACGGGCAACGCACUUUCCAGCACCGCGCUGUUCCCCUCCGCUCUGGCCACCUCCCUGCUCGAGCGCCUGGCCGAUGUCGACCCCGCCGCCGCCUAA